AGCUGUCAAGUUGAAAACAUAGGCACGCAAAAAACCACCACCAUUUUACCAGCUGCAGUUGUCCAUCGAACGGGAAAAAACGUCUUCGUCAUAAAGAAGCGCUAAGUAGAAAAUCGCUACAGAUCCAUUAGAUUAAGUUUUCAAGUCUGGUCCAGACCACAGCAAAAUGACUGAAGUUCCGUACCAAAACAUGUCGGAUCCCGGCUCGGCAUCGGGAGCGGCAAAAAAUCUAACCGUUCACUUGGACCCGGAAAGCCAGGUUGAAAUUCGGGGAAUGGAUUUUUCCGAACAAUCCAUCCGAAGAGGCUUCAUCAGAAAGGUCUACUUGAUUCUGUCGGUUCAACUUGCCAUAACGAUGGCUUUCAUUUCGUUGUUCGUUUACCAUGAGCCAGCAAAGCUGUGGACACUCCAAAAUACGUGGGUUGUGACUGUGGCAUUUAUAACCAUGUUCGCGGUUCUGAUCGUAAUGGCUUGUUGUGGAGAGAUAAGACGCAAAACGCCUCACAAUUUCAUCUUCCUCGGAUUAUUCACGGUUGCCCAGGGACUGAUGCUCGGAAUAGUGACCAUCAGAUACGAAGCUAAUGAAGUUCUCACAGCAGUCGGAAUUACGUGCGCCAUCUGCUUUGCCCUCACGAUUUUCUCGCUGCAAACCAAAUGGGACUUUACCAUGAUGGGUGGUUUCCUGUUUGUUGGUUUGCUCGUUGUUUUCAUUUUCGGCUUUGUCGUGAUGCUGUUCCCGAACAGUGCAGCCCGCACCGCUUAUUCAGCCUGUGGUGCUCUGCUGUUUUCGCUGUACUUGGUCUACGACACCCAGAUCAUGAUGGGUGGAACCCACAAGUAUUCGAUCAGCCCGGAGGAGUACAUCUUUGCAGCCCUCAACCUGUAUCUGGAUAUCAUCAACAUUUUCCUCUUCAUUCUACGAAGAUAAAUACCAACCGAUAAUUGAUCAUUUUUAAAGGUGAAAUUGGCAAACUUGGAUUCCAUGUUGCUGCAAUAGGUGAACCGUAUUUCAGAUCCAUGAUAGUUUACUUGGGCCGAAAGCUUCUUUGACUCACUGAGGAUAACUGUAAUCAUUUUUGACAGCCUUUCGUAUAAGAGAUGAAAUGAUCAUCUUCUCAGCCAAGGCCCACACUAUUUUUUAAGACUUUAGGGGUUUCAAAUGGUUUGAAGUUCAGUUCGGUUUACGACUUUUGAUUGCAAACAGUUCAUAGAUUCUCCACUUCUAUUGAUAGCGAACAAAAUUGAUAGUCUUAGACCAGAUUGUUCUUUUCCGAUACAUGUAUAAUUAUUUCGACAAAUAAAAGUGAUAUUUAAAACUGUAAAUUGGGGCAGUUUUGUCGAUGUUUCUAUGAAGAAAUAAAAUGCUUCAAAUAAAA